CCCCACUCCAUUGCCGUCCCAACCCACUCACACACCAGAUCGAAACAUCUCUCAAGUGUUCAAGUUCCUUCCCAGUUCCCACACACUACACAGACCCCACUGUGUCACUAGCUAGAGCUCCGGCAGCCACAAACACGAGCUAGUAGAGCUGCCAACAAGAACAAGAAGAUGAGGUCGACCGCGCUUGUUGCGUUCGUGGCGGUGGCGUGCCUAGCGGCCGUCGCACACGGCGGCAACUUCUACAAGGACACGGAGAUGACCUGGGGGCAAGGCCGUGGCAAGGUGGUGGACGGCGGGCGCGGGCUGGACCUAACCCUGGACAGGACCUCCGGCUCCGGCUUCCAGUCCAAGUCCGAGUACCUCUUCGGCAAGAUCGACAUGCAGAUCAAGCUGGUGCCAGGCAACUCGGCCGGCACCGUCACCACCUUCUACCUCUCCUCGCAAGGCCCCACCCACGACGAGAUCGACUUCGAGUUCCUCGGCAACGUCUCCGGCGAGCCCUACACGCUGCACACCAACGUGUUCACCGGCGGCCAGGGCCAGCGCGAGCAGCAGUUCCGCCUCUGGUUCGACCCCACCAAGGACUUCCACACCUACUCCGUGGUGUGGAACCCGCAGCACGUGAUCUUCGCCGUGGACGGCACCCCGAUCCGCGACUUCAAGAACCAUGAGGCCCGCGGGGUGGGGUUCCCGCGGACGCAGCCGAUGCGGCUGUACGCGAGUCUCUGGAACGCCGACGACUGGGCCACGCAGGGCGGCCGCGUCAAGGCGGACUGGACGCAGGCGCCGUUCGUCGCGUCGUUCCGUGGGUUCAGCGCUGACGCGUGUGUGUGGGCGAAUGGGAAGCAGCAGUGCCCUGUGGGAACCAUGGCGGCGGCGGCGACGGGGGGACGGCGCGGAGGCCCUGGCAGCUGGUGGAACCAGCAGCUUAGUGACAUGAGCUACCGCCGCAUGCGCUGGGUGCAGAGGAAGUUCAUGAUCUACAACUACUGCACCGACGCCAAGCGGUUCCCGCAGGGGGUGCCCGCCGAGUGCAAGCUCCGGUGAGGAUGCAGGCAUGGAUCGAUGGAUGAAUGGACAAACACGGAACCACCGUACGUGCAUGAUCCCUCGUCGUUCAACCUCGCCGUGGUGGAAACCAGAGAGAUCGGUGGUCUGGUCUCUGGUCUGGCGAAUAAUGUAUGGUUUUGCCAUCGGCGUUGGCACAAUGUAAAUGUAGCACGCAUCUCGCAUUAUUCUUUCAUUUGUUUUUCUGCAACACCGGAUGUACAACCUUACUACAAGUUUUCCAAUAGUAACGAUCGAGUUCGUUUCUUUUCAAA